GCCGUUGCCAAGGAGACGUUACUGUGUUAGCAACAUGAAUGACGCCACCAAAAAUGUCCGCGUGCGUAAUUUUAUCACCCAGCGACAGAAUAAAGCUUAAGCAGGAAACAUGGAUGUGAUAAGACCAAAAUCCGCCAAAGGACGCACCAGACCUAAAGUUACAGAGGCACAUACUGCAGAUGAUGGGCUUCUACAUGAGGCACGUCCGUUUUCCCCCCACCCUCCUUCUUAUCCUCCUCGUCCUCCACCCACACCAAACCACAGGUUCGACUCAUCUCCAUCCCCCCGAGCUUUCUUCAGGCACAAUAAUAUGAGCUCAGCAGGUGAAACAGCCCUCAACAUCCCAGUGAUGUCGCUAAACAAAUACAAAGUCCUUCCGUCUAUUGAGAAGAGAUCAGAAGAGGCAUCCCGUGCAGACAUAGAGGAAAAGUCCAUGAGAUCAAGGCUCCAUACCCAACAUUUCAGUGAUCAGGAGAUUGAGUGGGCAUCUAGCGGAACGGUCAGGGCCUCGUCUCGGUACCAGGAGGGUGAGACAGGUGGCUCAGGGAUUCUGCUUGCUCUCAGGACUCCAUGUGGUCAGAGGCUGAAGUGCCAGUUCCAACCCACAGACACACUCCGGGAUGUCAUCGCUACAGCGGAGGAUAUAUCCGGAAAACGGUACAAGCACGUUCUGAUUGAGACCAUGGAGGUUCCUCGGAGGAGCUUCUCCAAUCUGAACAUGACUCUCUCUCAGUGUGGCAUCAUUAAUAAAUCGGUCUUAUGCAUCAGCCUCAAAGACGGUCCUUAACAUUUCAAAAUGGCUCCUAUAAACAAUUAGUCUUUAUUAAUAAAUAGUUGAGAAUAUCAGUUUUAUGCACCGUUUUGAAGAGCUUUGCUUGCUCUACAUCAUAUCAUCUCCUUACAAUGUCAAAUUGCAUAAGGAUCAAAAGUGUUUUAUUUUUACAGCAUAGUAGCUUUCAG